UCAUGAGCCGGUUGCUGGAAGGAGGUGUGAGUUUCUGGGCAGCGUCACAUGUCUCUGCCUUCACAGAUACGGAAGAGGCGGAGAAGGAGACUCCCGUCAUUGAGGUAACACAAACAUUCAGUGGAAAAUACAUCGGCGGACCUUUAAAUCCAACCAUUGAAUUUUUUGUUUCUCAAAAACCGUGUUAUGGAUUACAGUCUUUUCUGGAUACAUCAUUGCAAUUUGUGAGACCUAAUAAUCAGACAAGGAUAUUCUUCUGUUAUAAAGAUAGACUGCUGCCUGCUGAAACACUAACUUAAUGCUCUGAUGGCCGGACGCUCAACUCUAGUUUCCAGGUUGCCAAUAUUCAGACGGAGCACGGGCAAAAAGCAAGACUCCUUGCCGUCCUCUCCCUCCUCUGGCAAUGCCAAUGGCGUUCACACCUCUUCCCCGUCCAGCACCAACUCCAGCUCCAGCAGCACAGGCAAGCGCAGGAAUAUCUUUCGCAGCUCUUCCAUUGGCUUCCACAGCAAGAAGCACAGCAAUCACAAACUGGACACUGUUGAAGCUGUGGAUCUCAGCCAGCACAAUGGCAGCCAAGCUGCAGACUCCAGCUUCCAGAAGGUGGACCUAGAGGAGAGUAUCAAAUCCAAGUCUAGGCAUUCAUUUGGCUUUGGAGGCCACCGGGGCAAAAAGAUUACCAGGUCUCAGACAGAAGACUUUGAGAAGGGGAAGGAGCAAGCGACUAACCGAAACGUGUUUACAAACUGCAUCAGUUCGGGGACCAACGAAGGGGAUGACUCUGGCUUUUUAGAUGAUUACAGCAAACGUUCCUCCAAACACUCUAGUAAAAAACUGCUGCUGCCUAAGUCAUUUUCUUCACACUACAAACUUUCUAAGCAGUGCCAGUACACAUCUGUUGUGGAACAGCCCAGAGACAUAGCUAAAAGUGCAGGAAUGGAGCCUACCAAUGUAGGGACCCCUGGGUCUUGUCCCGGUGAGAUUGCUGAAUGUUCAUUGCAGUCACCAAUGCUUUCAACUGACCACACUACGGCUCAUACUCCCUCUGAAUUCAUCCCGAUAACUGAAGACUCAGUCUCGGAGGCGGAUGUAUUGCCCAAUUGUAGUCCUGCAGUGAGCCACGUUGAUAACUUUGGCCAUGACGUUACUACCUCACAAGUUUUCAUAAACCAAGUUACAUCAAUAGUAGGAUCAAACUCUUUGCUGUGCAAAGAAAAUAGUCAUCAAGCAGAAACUAGCACUGUGAAUACAGAGAGUGCAGUAACUGUUCUGAGAAAAGAUUUCACUAUACUUGAUAUAGAUGAGGAAUCCUUAGAUACAGAUGAUGGAAAAGAGAUCAGUGGACAAGAAGAGAAAGUCCAAGUACAUGCACAGGUUCUGGAGGUUACCAACCCUGAAAGCGAUAACCCACAGAAGAUUCCUAUUGACCAAACUGAAGUGAGAGUGGGUAACAAAACCAGUGAUGCAAUAAUGAUUCAAGAAGCAUCACAAGUCAUUGUCAGCCUAAAACCAGACCUCAAAACAUGCCAUCCAAGGAAUACACAUGCAGUUGCUCUUGCUAGCAGUCUGAGUCCAUACCGGGAUGUCAUUCGCAUGGAGAGACGCUUGAGGUCCUCUUCAGAAAGCACUGCUGGAAGCGCCAGGUUACACUUGAAUUUAAGAGAUGUACAUACUGGAGAGAUCAGUAGCCUUCAGAAACAGAAAGCAAAUUCUUCAUCUUCCAAAUUGGAUAGUCUGGAUGUCUUGAAUAACCUCGGCUCCUGUGAGCUGGAUGAAGAUGACCUCAUGUUGGACCUGGACUUCCCAGAAGAUCAGCGACAUCGCUUCGUUUGCAGAGAGGAUUCAAACCAGUCGAUUGCCUCAUGUUUGGCACUGAUGCACUCACCCAUGGAGACAUCUAUUGAUAAGAUUCCAGGAAGAGACCCAAAAGCCCUAGACACAACACAUGGGGCUAUAUCUGUCCAGUCUCAAAAGGAUAUCCAUCUAGGGGACUUCAGACCCUCUUCCAGCUGCCUUCCUGGAGUUCCUCUCACUGACUGGUGUCUCCCAAGGGAAGAUGAGAUUGGAGGUCUUGAAGCCUUGCCCUUUAGGUUGAUGAUGCAGGACUGCACUGCAGUAAAAACACUACUGCUGAGGCUGAAGAGGAUACUGCAGGAGCAAAGCACAGAAAUGAGUCCUGCCAGCAGCAUCCAUUCCCUUCCUGUGAGCCCAGGCACUGAAAAACAACUUCUGUCUAAGGAUGUAACGAAAGAUGAACGCUCCUCGCUCAUGCUACAGCUAAAAGAAAAAGACGACUUGAUCUUGAAGCUUCAGGAUGAGCUGGCAAAAGCGCAGAGUUUGCAAAAAUCUGUUUCCCACAGAAUGGACAAAUCUACACAAACGGAAAUCAUUGGUCAUGAUGCUAUAUGUCUAAACAGACCUAUGAACCAAAACCUCAACUCAAGGGACAGAAGGUUAGUGCAUACUCUCAUAGAGGACCAAUUUAACCGACCAUCUUCAGACAGACCAGUCACCUGCGAGAGCAAAAACUGCCAGGCACCCAGCUUGUAUUUCAGCAACCUUUUGAAACAACGAGAGGCCUCGCAGGCACCCCAGCACAAGACUGCUGUACCUACCGCCAGUCUCACACACAACAACCGAAGCAGCCGCUCCGACAUCAGCAGUCUCUACCGGAGCAAAAGCAAUCAAGUGUCUGACACAGAGAGAUUUCCGGUUGUCUCUGCUUGUCAGAGGGAGAAGAUUACUUUGCCCAAGCAGCACUCCACUUUCAAAGGCAGGCUUGGACAACCUCCAAGGGGACCUCUCUCCUUGCACAUGUACAGCAGGAAGAAUGUCUUUCUUCAGCACACUUUACAGACUGCAGAGCUGCAGGGCCUCAGCCCACAUGAACUGGAAUGAAAGUUUUCUCACUCAUCCCUUUCUACUAACUCAUAAAAACAAUGUGAUUAAGGCAUGUGGGAAAUGCUUCUGUGUUGUAAUUGCCAAGCCUCCUGUCACUUCUUCUCCUUUUAAUGUUAUCAAAAUCUGCCGUUUCUCCUUCCCCCUAUAGCAAGAAAAACAGAUUCCUAUGUUAAUAGUUGCCGUUUAUGGCACAAUUGCUAAUAUUACAGAUUCUACCCAAUACAAUUUGACACUAGGGGGCAGGGGGUUAAAGCAGACUUGUAGUAAAAUCUAAAUUUUUGUGGCACGUUUAAGGACUAUCGUAAAAGUCAUGUAUAUGAAAAUAUGUUUCCAUUUAAGCUUAGUUUGGAUUGUUGUUGUUGUUGUUGUUGUUGUUGUUGUUGUUGUUGUUGUUCCAAGUGCUAUGAUUCACUACUCUAUUAAAUUAUUUGUACAGACACAUGCUAAAAUGGAUGCUGCUCUGUUGUUUAACCAAAUUUAUAGAAAAUAUAUUUGUACAUUGCCCUUUUAACAAAAGACCAAAACUGAGCAGUUCUAUUUGAGCCAAAAAGCUCUGUUUUAACCCUUUCCCCUAAUUACUACUAUACCAAGAAUGAGCAGUUAAAUAGAGUUAGCAAAACGUCACCAGCAAAGAGCUGCUAAAAAUUGUAAUCGCAGGCUGUCCCUGGGUGAACAGCUUUCUUUACUGUGCAUUGCCCCUUGUCCUAUCAAUAGCCAUUUAAAAGGUGAAAGGUUUAAAGAUGAAUACUUCAAUGUUAACAGCAACAGCAGAACGAUAUUUAAUUGUAGGAAGAAUAAGUGCUGCCAAAACUUUUUAACUAGCUUUUAAAAAAAUAAAAAAUAAUAAAAACAUUACGAGAUAUUUGGACCCCUUUUUGUAUAUCUAAAGUGAGUUUGUAGGUAAGUAAUGAUACAUUAAAAAAGUGUUAAUUCUAUUUAAAAAAAUUAAGAAAUCUGAAAAUAAAUGCUAAUUCAUUCCAAACAUUUUGAUAAGGAUGUCUGCGGUACAAAAAAUUAUGCAAAUGUGGUUUCUAAGAAUAUAAAUUACUAUUCUUAUAUGUCUACAUCUUUUAAACAUUUUGAGGUUUUGAUAUACAAAUGUGUCUACAGGUACUUGGUUUAAUAGAAAGCACAUGUAGUGUAUACAGAUAAUUUACUUGCAUACACUAAUAUACAUACUUCAAUUGAACUUAUUUUACAAGCUGACACAAACAAGUUAUUUUUUUUUAACUAGUCUCAAGGAACUGGAAAGGAACAGCAAUCUGUUCCUUUCCAGUUUCUAAAGAGAGUAUUUAAAAGUGCCAUAGCAACUCUGCGCAAAAGGACGUUUUGAGGUGAAGGAAACUCUCAAGUAAAAGCCGGCUCUCUCAGGUCUUUUGUUCCAGUUUAACAAUUCAGUGGGGAAUGGUGAAUUGCCUAAAGCAACUUAAUUUAUAUUACAUUUUAUUCUUCAGAAAACUAAAAAAGGUAUUUAUUGGAACAUAGAAAACGGUACUUUAGCCCUGCUCUUUUAGCCCUAUUAUAGCCCUUCUGUUGUUAAUGACCCCAUUAUUUUUAACUUUAAGGUUUUGUUAAAACCAUUAAAUCUAAUUUCUAUUAAAUCUUCUUGCAACAUCUGUUAGUUAAAUUCUGAAAGCUACAGUAUUUACUCCACAUCAUCAUUGUGCAGAAAGGAACCAUGCACCCAACAAAGUUACAAAAACAGAAAACAACAACUCAUUUAAAUUAGCUGUCUGUAAGUAGACAAGUCUGUUAUAUCUAGCAAACACUUCAUUACCCAAACAGGUGCAAUCAAUGGCCAGAUCAACCUGUGGCAAAUAAAAAACAUAUCACAAGCGAUCUUUCAGUAUUCUAUAUAUAUAAUAUAGAGAUUACAGAUUUUAAUCUUAGUUAAUCUUGGUUUUAAUUGCAUAUUUAAUUGAUACAAUUACUGCAUCCAUCUCCAUUUUGUUUGUGUUAUUACUGAUGCUAUUAUUAUUAUUUUACCAAUCACAAGGACUAUGAUUUCCCAGUCUUAUGUCAGUAUGGCCAGUCUUCAGACUUUAUCAGGUGCUUAGUGAUGUCAUUGAUGAUGUCAUAUGUGAUGUCAAGUGUGACAGGAAACAUACACAUAAGGUUGCAGAGUUAAGGUUGCGUGGCUACCUUAACUUGCAACUUCCUAACCUUUUGGACUUUUGCAAUCCAACCUUAAUGUUACUUUAACAGAGUUUUUGCCACAGAAUUUCCAUUGUUUUGCAGAAGGCAUCCUGGAAAAUCAAACAACCACAUCUGCCACAUAAUGCAGUGGUGAAAACACAACUUGAGAUACUAAAUAGCACAGAAGAAAGAGACACACAACAAGUAUGUAAAGGUUUUUUUAAAAGCCAGAUUUAUUGACGCCAAAUCAAAUGAGAAAAAUGUUAAUCCCUGCCCCUGAGGCUGGAGAGGUAGGGAUAGCAAGGACUGUACCUGAGGCUGGAGAGGUGGGCACAGCAACGGCUGUUUGGUUGGGUUUACCUCCCUUUUUGAACUGGUUGUAAAAUCAACUUUAAACCGUACCUUCGUUCAAACCUUAGCUAUGUCUGCGUGACACUGAAUUCAACUACAGUGCCUUGCGAAAGUAUUCGGC